ACAUCCGGUCUCUCUCGGGCUUCGUACGGCUCUAACAUGGCGGAUACCGGUGUGGUGGAAGCGCUCCUACGGCUGGUGGAGAAGGCAGAUGACGGCGUGGACAGCGUCCAGGUGGCGUCCAGGCUCGGGGUGGAUCACCAGGUGGUCGUGGGAGCCGUGAAGAGUCUGCAGGCUCUCGGUGAUGUGAUUUCAGCUGAUCUUUGCUCAUCCAAACACUGGGAGCUGACAGAGGAGGGCACGGAGAUCGCAGAGCAGGGCAGCCAUGAAGCCCGGGUGUUCAGCUCCAUCCCACUGGAGGGGCUGGUCCAGAGUGAGCUCAUGAAACUGUCCUUUGGGAAGAUCGGCUUCAGUAAGGCCAUGUCCAACAAGUGGAUCCGUGUGGACAAGACACAUGAAGGUGGCCCCAGGAUAUUCAGAACGGUGGACAGUAUAGUGGACCAGGUUCAAGAGAAGCUGCUUCUGCUACAGAAAGGCAGUGGCUCUGAACUGGAGGAGAAAGAGAAGAAUGAGCUGAAGAAAAGGAAGCUGCUCUCUGAAGUGACAGUGAAGUCUUACUGGAUCACAAAGGGCAGCUCCUUCAGCACCACCAUCACCAAGCAAGAAACGGAGCUCACCCCUGAGAUGAUGGCCAAUGGCAGCUGGAAGGAGAAGAAGUUUAAACCGUAUAACUUUGAAGCCAUGGGCGUAGCUCCCGACUCAGGGCACCUGCACCCGCUGAUGAAGGUGCGGACACAGUUCAGGCAGAUCUUUCUGGAGAUGGGCUUCACUGAGAUGCCGACCAACAACUUCAUUGAGAGUUCCUUCUGGAACUUUGACUCCCUGUUCCAGCCUCAGCAGCACCCGGCCCGAGACCAGCAUGACACCUUCUUCUUGUCUGACCCUGCUCUGGCCCACGAGUUCCCGCAGGAAUACCUGCAGAGAGUCAAGAAGGUCCACUCAGAGGGAGGCUUUGGUUCACAGGGGUACAAAUACGACUGGAAGAUAGAGGAGGCUCAGAAAAACAUCCUCCGCACUCACACCACAGCAGUCAGUGCACGCAUGUUGUAUAAACUGGCACAGCAGGAGAAGUUUACCCCUGUCAAGUAUUUUUCCAUUGACCGAGUGUUCAGGAACGAGACCUUAGAUGCCACACAUCUGGCAGAGUUCCACCAGAUCGAGGGCGUGGUGGCUGAUUAUGGACUGACGCUGGGAGACCUCAUGGGCAUCCUGCAUCAGUUCUUCACCAAGCUAGGAAUUACCAAACUCCGAUUCAAGCCUGCUUACAAUCCAUACACAGAGCCCAGUAUGGAGGUGUUCAGCUACCAUGAAGGACUAAAAAAGUGGGUGGAAGUGGGGAACUCGGGCAUCUUCAGACCAGAGAUGCUGCUACCUAUGGGUCUGCCUGAGGGUGUGUCGGUCAUUGCCUGGGGACUGUCUCUGGAAAGGCCCACCAUGAUUAAAUAUGGCAUCAAUAACAUCAGAGAACUGGUUGGACACAAAGUGAACCUACAGAUGGUCUACGAUAGCCCCAUAUGUCGACUGGACUCCUGAGUUUCACCAACGAUUGUCAUUAAUACUUUGGCAGGACUUUAAGCAUGCAACACGGCUUCAUUGUGUUACACGCUGUGAUAAGGACAGUAGCGUCUAAUUCUGUUUCUAAUACUUUAUCAGGGAGUUAUAACCAAAAGGAGCUUUU